GCCUGGAGUUAGUCUCGCGAGGUCUGCCAUCCGCCCGGCCUGCACUGCGGUGUUUCCCGCGCGGGCUGCCCCAGAACCCGGGCGUACGGCGCGGCCUUUCGUACCGCCGCCGGCGCCGCCGCAGUCAUGGGUUUCUUGAAACUGAUUGAGAUCGAGAACUUUAAGUCGUACAAGGGUCGACAGAUUAUCGGACCAUUUCAGAGGUUCACCGCCAUCAUUGGACCCAAUGGCUCUGGUAAGUCAAAUCUCAUGGAUGCCAUCAGCUUUGUGUUGGGUGAGAAAACCAGCAACCUGCGGGUAAAGACCCUGAGAGACCUGAUUCACGGAGCUCCUGUGGGCAAGCCAGCUGCUAACCGGGCCUUUGUCAGCAUGGUCUACUCUGAGGAGGGUGCUGAGGACCGCACCUUUGCCCGUGUCAUUGUUGGGGGUUCUUCAGAGUAUAAGAUCAACAACAAAGUGGUCCAGCUACACGAGUACAGUGAGGAAUUGGAGAAGUUGGGCAUUCUCAUCAAAGCUCGUAACUUCCUCGUCUUCCAGGGUGCUGUGGAGUCUAUUGCCAUGAAGAACCCCAAAGAGAGGACAGCGCUAUUUGAAGAGAUCAGUCGCUCUGGGGAGCUGGCCCAGGAGUAUGACAAGCGGAAGAAGGAAAUGGUGAAGGCUGAAGAGGACACGCAGUUUAAUUACCAUCGCAAAAAAAACAUUGCGGCUGAACGCAAGGAGGCCAAACAGGAGAAAGAAGAGGCCGACCGCUACCAGCGCCUGAAGGACGAAGUGGUGCGAGCUCAGGUACAGCUGCAGCUCUUUAAGCUUUAUCAUAAUGAAGUGGAGAUUGAGAAGCUCAAUAAGGAACUGGCCUCUAAGAACAAGGAGAUUGAGAAGGACAAGAAGCGUAUGGACAAGGUAGAGGAUGAGCUGAAGGAGAAGAAGAAGGAGCUGGGCAAAAUGAUGCGGGAGCAGCAGCAGAUUGAGAAGGAGAUCAAGGAGAAGGACUCAGAGCUGAACCAGAAGCGGCCUCAGUACAUCAAAGCCAAGGAGAAUACCUCUCACAAAAUCAAGAAGCUGGAAGCAGCCAAGAAGUCCCUACAGAAUGCUCAGAAGCAUUACAAGAAGCGUAAGGGUGACAUGGAUGAGCUGGAAAAGGAGAUGCUAUCAGUGGAGAAAGCCCGGCAGGAGUUUGAGGAACGGAUGGAAGAGGAGAGUCAAAGUCAGGGCAGAGACUUGACCCUGGAGGAGAAUCAGGUGAAGAAAUACCACCGGUUGAAAGAAGAAGCCAGCAAGAGAGCAGCUACCCUGGCCCAGGAGCUCGAGAAGUUCAAUCGAGACCAGAAAGCCGACCAGGACCGGCUGGAUCUGGAAGAGCGGAAGAAAGUAGAGACAGAGGCCAAGAUCAAGCAAAAGCUGAGGGAGAUUGAAGAGAAUCAGAAGCGGAUUGAGAAACUGGAGGAAUACAUCACAACUAGCAAGCAGUCCCUAGAGGAGCAGAAGAAGCUAGAGGGGGAGUUGACAGAAGAGGUGGAGAUGGCCAAGCGCCGUAUUGAUGAGAUCAAUAAGGAGCUGAACCAGGUGAUGGAGCAGCUGGGGGAUGCCCGCAUUGACCGCCAGGAGAGCAGUCGCCAACAGCGAAAGGCAGAGAUUAUGGAAAGCAUCAAGCGCCUGUACCCUGGCUCUGUGUAUGGCCGCCUCAUUGACCUCUGCCAGCCCACACAAAAGAAGUAUCAGAUUGCUGUAACCAAGGUUUUAGGCAAGAACAUGGAUGCCAUUAUCGUGGACUCAGAGAAGACAGGCCGGGACUGUAUUCAGUAUAUCAAGGAGCAGCGUGGGGAGCCUGAGACCUUCUUGCCACUUGACUACCUGGAGGUGAAACCUACAGAUGAGAAACUCCGGGAGCUGAAGGGGGCCAAGCUGGUAAUUGAUGUGAUUCGCUAUGAGCCACCUCACAUCAAAAAGGCCCUGCAGUAUGCUUGUGGCAAUGCACUUGUCUGUGACAAUGUGGAGGAUGCCCGCCGCAUUGCCUUUGGAGGCCACCAGCGCCACAAGACAGUGGCACUGGAUGGGACCCUGUUCCAGAAGUCAGGAGUGAUCUCUGGUGGGGCCAGUGACCUGAAGGCCAAGGCACGGCGCUGGGAUGAGAAAGCGGUAGACAAGUUGAAAGAGAAGAAGGAGCGGUUGACAGAGGAGCUGAAAGAACAGAUGAAGGCAAAAAGGAAAGAAGCAGAGCUUCGUCAGGUGCAGUCUCAGGCCCACGGACUGCAGAUGCGGCUCAAGUACUCACAGAGUGACCUAGAACAGACCAAGACACGACAUCUAGCCCUGAAUUUGCAGGAAAAGUCCAAGCUGGAGAGUGAGCUAGCCAACUUUGGGCCUCGCAUCAAUGAUAUCAAGAGGAUCAUCCAGAGCCGAGAGAGGGAAAUGAAAGACUUGAAGGAGAAGAUGAACCAGGUAGAGGAUGAGGUUUUUGAAGAGUUUUGUCGGGAGAUUGGUGUGCGCAACAUCCGGGAGUUUGAGGAAGAGAAGGUGAAGCGGCAGAAUGAAAUAGCCAAGAAGCGUUUGGAGUUUGAAAAUCAGAAGACUCGCUUGGGCAUCCAGUUGGAUUUUGAAAAGAACCAACUGAAGGAAGACCAGGAUAAAGUGCACAUGUGGGAGCAGACAGUGAAAAAGGAUGAAAAUGAGAUAGAAAAGCUCAAGAAGGAGGAGCAAAGACACAUGAAGAUCAUAGAUGAGACCAUGGCCCAGCUACAAGACUUGAAGAAUCAGCACCUGGCCAAGAAGUCAGAAGUGAAUGAUAAGAAUCACGAGAUGGAGGAGAUUCGUAAGAAACUGGGGGGCGCCAACAAGGAAAUGACCCAUUUACAGAAGGAGGUGACAGCCAUUGAGACCAAGCUUGAACAGAAGCGCAGCGACCGCCACAACCUGCUACAGGCCUGCAAGAUGCAGGACAUCAAGUUGCCGCUGUCUAAGGGCACCAUGGAUGAUAUUAGUCAGGAAGAGGGUAGCUCCCAAGGGGAGGAUUCAGUGAGUGGUUCCCAGCGAACUUCCAAUAUCUAUGCACGAGAGGCCCUCAUCGAGAUUGACUACGGUGACCUUUGUGAGGAUCUGAAGGUGAGGAUCAGCCUCGGGGGGUGGGGACAUCUUCCCAGCUGUCCAAGAGAGGGUCAGUCCAUCUGGAGGCCCUGUGGAGACCACGACUGGAAAGAGGGGAGAGCUGGCAAGGGAGGGAGGGUUAAGUUAUGAUCCAGGGUCCCCCCC